GUCGUUGUUUUGACCUCGUCACAUGGAUUGUCAUUUUCAAUGGUCUAUCAACUAACAAUUAUCCAUUGUACGCGAGAGACCCUUUCCAAAAUUAUGCUGUAGUAGCGAUGGGCUUUGAACUGAAUAGGUUUCAAGGCGAUGUGGAUGAGGAACUAAUCUGCCCAAUAUGUUCGGGAGUUUUAGAGGAACCAUUACAAGCCCCCGUUUGCGAGCAUGCAUUUUGCAAAACUUGUAUCAGUGAAUGGAUAUCGAGACAACCCACGUGCCCCGUCGAUCGUCAAAAUGUAACUUCCGCACAACUUAGACAAGUACCUAGAAUCUUACGAAAUUUAUUAGCGAGACUUCAAAUACAGUGCGAUAACGUGCAGUACGGCUGUACGAGGGUGCUCAAACUGGACACGCUAGCCACCCACCUUGAAGAGUGCGACCACAAUCCCAAAAGGCCGCUACCCUGCGAGCAGGGCUGCGGCCUCAUCAUUCCCAAGGAUGAACUCACCGAUCAUAAUUGUGUAAAAGAAUUGCGCGCCUUGAUUCAGACGCAACAGCAGGAAUUUAAUGAGUUGAGGUUUUUCAUUGCCGAACAGAGGAGGGAAAUGCAACUAUUGAAGGAUUUUAUGAGGGCAAUGAAAACUUCGAAUCCUUCGAUGAGAGCAAUAGCAGAUGCUAUGGAAAGGGACGAAGUGGUUCGUUGGAGCAGUUCUUUACAGAGGGCGAGGGUCACUAGAUGGGGCGGUAUGAUAUCCACUCCCGAUGACGUAUUGCAGAGGAUGAUAAAGAGAACUUUGACUGAAAUGGGUUGUCCGAUACACAUACUAAACGACCUUAUGGAGAAUUGCCACGAGUGCAAAUGGCCUCCCGGGUUGUGUUCAUUAGAAACUAGGCAAAACAAUAGGAGACAGUACGAAAAUUAUGUGUGCAAGCGAGUACCAGGUAAACAGGCGGUGCUGGUGCUACAUUGCGACAACACGCACAUGGGAGAGGACAUGAUGGUCGAGCCUGGACUCGUUAUGAUCUUCGCCCACGGGAUCGAGUGAUAAGAGCAGAAAAAAAAACUAUGUCGCUUAUUUAAAACUGCUUCGCUGGUCGCACAGAAUCUCGCAGGAGUCCGAAAAAAUUGGUCGAAUUAAAAUCUCGAUCCAAAAAUGAAUUCCACUUAGUCGGAACCGGUAAUGAUAACAAUUUUAUUCGUUCAACGCUGUCGUAACUACAUUAAGCAACCACUUUAGUCUUGGUAAACAUUUUCUUUGUAAAUAUGGGCGAUCGACAUGGAGAUUUUUUUUUCGAUGUUGAUAGAUGUAAAUUGUGAUUUUAGAACUCAUUUUGUUGGUCAUUUAUGCCUCGAACAAUUCGUUGCUCUUAUGUUAAAUUUCACAAGUCGAGAGGUACAAUCGAUUAAAGUCACACGAUGUUUUCUUCAAAUAAAUAUUAUUUUUUGUAUUGGUAAUGAUUUUUGUCAAAUACAAUUCUAAUUUUCACUUAGCGGGAAAAAUUAAAGUAUUCGCAUUAAGUUUUUCCUUUUUUUCCCCAUAAUUUGUGAGAAAAUAAAUACGUAUUGGUUGUUCCAUAGAAAAGAGCUUUGCUUUUUCCGGUACUUGUGCAAAAUAAAGUUUUUGGUGUUGAUUUUACAAAAAAAAAAAGUGCUAAAUUCGGCGAUCUCUCCGGAAACACAAUUCACGUUAUAGUUAAAUUUUAAAUCAUACUUGCACCGUAUUUCUUGUAAAUUAUGAACGGUUCAAUGAUUUAAUGGUACUUAUGAUUUAAAACAAGGUUGUCCUAAGAAAUUUGUUACUCUGAGGUUAAACUUCACCCGUCUAAAGUUGAGAGAUACGAGCCAAUAAAAUGAAACGAUAUUUUUUCAGAUUUUUUUAAUUUGUUUAAUGAUAUUUGUCAAAAUUGUUAAAGUUUUAACAAGUAAAAAAAAUCAAUUCUGAUUUUCACUUUCCGGGAAAAAUUAAACUGUUCAAACAUGUUUCCCUUUUUUUCCCUAAAAUUUGGUGUAAAGAGGAUUAAAAAAUAUUGGUUUUGCUUUCAUAAAAAAAAACUGUUCCCGGAAUUUGCGCAUAUUACACUUAAAUUUUAAAUCAUACUUGCACCAUAUUUCUUGUAAAUUAUUAACGGUUUAAUGAUUUAAUGGUACUUAAUUAUUUAAAACUUCUUUUGUUGAACAGGGUUUUACUCUGAGGUUAAAUUUCGCAAGUCGAGAGGUACAGGCGAUUAAGUCAAACGAUGUUUUCAAUAAAUUUUUUUUUUUCAUGGGUAAUGAUUUUUGUCAAAGUUGUUCAGAAUGCUAAUUGAAAGUAACUCCAUUCCAAUUUUCACCUAACGGAAAAAAACUAAAUUAUUUUUGGCAAAAUGUAAUCAUACAAGUUUGUCUUUUUUUUCCAUAUAAAAAAUAGUAUUGGUUCUGGUCUCACAAAAAAAAGUUUUGCUCUUUCCAGGCAAUUAAAGUCAAACGAUGUUUUUUUUUCAUAUUUUUCUUUGCAUGGUAAUGAUGGAACUCCUUUUAUUAUACAGUUAUACAAUUUAAUUCCGCUUGUUGUAAACUUCUCAAAAGGUAUGGGGUUAUUUGUAUAAAUGACCUCACAAAAAUGAUUUUUUUUUUAAAUGUUCAUGAAGGUAUUUGCGGUAGGCCUUGGAAAAAGGAUUUGUCGAAUAUCUAAACUAAGCCUAAGCCAACUUAGUUUAGUAUUAACAUUUUAUUUGUAUCAUUUCGGAUAGUAUAACGUAUAUAUUAUUACAAAAGAUAAACCAAAACGAGAAAAUAGAUAUUAAAACAAUUAUUUCAAAUGAUAAAGGACGCACCCGAACAUUCACGAAAAUUCAAAUUUUCCCGCCAAAAGUGGCUACCUACACACAGUUUCAUUCCUCUCCAAAGCUUUCAGAAUAACAAGAGAUUGUAUUUGCAAAUUUGCUGCUCGGAUAUUUCCGAUCUAAUAGGCCGAUUGACAUUUUGUACCUAUCCAAGUAUCUCCAAAAAAAAAACAACCUUUUUUUUUUCAAAAACACGAAAUCAUUUAGAAACGAAACUGACUACGCACUGAAUUGAAUUGGAUGCGUUUUUCACCUUUCCGACAUUUCAUAGGAUACGAGGGGCGUCGCCAAAUUUAAAAUUUCCUAAAUCACCCUGUAUUUUAAAAACUAGUCAUGAAAACCGGUCAGUCGCGAUAGACUGCGAAUUUUUUGGGGCAUCCGGUAAGCGAAUGUAUUUUUAUUGCGGUUCAUUUGUUUUCGAAAUACUUGUUUCUUUUUCGCCUGGGAAUUAAUUUUUGUGCCCAUUUUCGAAAAAAUGGUGGUCUGGAUUGAUCAUUAAAAGUAUGAUGUACAUUUCAUUCUCAAUGGAUCCACGUUAUUAAGGGCGUUUUAGUGAUACAAAUAGUGAUAAUUUUAACGUAAUAUUAUCGAAUCGAUCUAAGAUAAAUUGUGGUAUUAUAGGGGGGAAUUAACCAUAUUGAAGGACUUUAAAAACCGCAUUAAAAUAAAAUGGUGUAAUUUUAAGAACCUAACAGAUAUUCUUCAAUAUAAGGAAGGCAUUUAUUGAAACAUACAAUAAAACACAAUAAAAGCCUCAUUAAAAAUUGCUUGCAUCUAAGUAUAAGUGAAGUUUAAUUAGUAACGACGCGCUUUUGUAAUAUUAUAUUAUAUGUGCCCACUUUAAACAAUUUCGAGUCCAGCCUUCAUUUGGUUUGUAAUUUUAGUAACACUGCAGUAAUAAAAAUAAUAAAUCACCUUUAUUUCGAAACAUAAUUACAUGGAAAUAUCUAUUUUCUAUUUAUCUGGUUGUAUUUCCACGUGUAAAUUAAAAAUUGUUCAGUUGAAGUUGAUGGAGUUGAU